AUGUGCGCGUCUACGAUGGGAACGCUGUGGCACCAUUGGUCCCCCGUGCUCGUCAGCCUGGCCGCCCUCUUCUCCAAAGUGGCGGCGAGCCGCGGCAUCCUGGAAAGCGUCCAGAGGUUCUCCUCACUGCCCACCUACCUCCCAGUGACCUACCACAUCCACCACGCGGACGUGUCCUUCUUCCUGAAGGAAGCCAACCAGGACAUCAUGAGAAACUCCAGUCUGCAGUCGCGCGUGGAGUCCUUUCUGAUUUACAAAUCCAAGAGGUUCCCCGUCCUGAAUGCCAGCUACGGGCCUUUCGCCAUCGAGCAGGUGGUGCCCCAGGACCUGAUGCUACCCUCCAGCCCGUUCGGAUUCACCAGCACGUUCUCCCUGAACUGGAAGCUGAAAGCGCACAUCCUGCGGGACAAGGUCUCCCUGAGCCGGCCCCGCGUGCAGGUGCUGUUCCACGUGGUGGGCAGGGACUGGGACGACGCCGGCCCCGCGCAGAGGCUGCCCUGCCUGCGCGUGUUCGCCUUCCGGGAGACCCGGGAGGUGAGGGGCAGCUGCCGGCUGCAGGGGGCCCUGGGGCUGUGCGUGGCGCAGCUGGAGCUCCCGGCCGGCUGGUUCGGCCCCCCCACGGUGGUGGCCGGGAGGAAGAAGUCGCCCGGGCCCCCCGAGGGCAGCCCCGUGGAGCUCUACUACGCCCUGCAGCCCGGGGACGAGCGCGGAGACUGCGCCAGGAGAGCCGGAGGGAUGCGGACGGGCCGCAGCGACCUCGAUGAGUCGGGGCCUCCCUUGCAGAGGAUCGGGAGCGUUUUUCUUUACCAGACCCCGAGCCGGCCGCCCCUGAGAGAGCUGCGUUUGGACAACCACGUGGCCGUGCAGUACGUGCCCAAGACGGUCAGGCAGGGAGAUGUGCUGACGUUUCCCGUCUCCGUCUCCAAAAACUCCACCGAGGACCGCUUCACACUGAGGGUAAAGGUGAUGAAAGGCAUGAACAUCAUUGGGGUGAGAGCCAGCAGCCCUUCCGUGUGGGAGGUUAAGAAGAGCACGGAUUACGCUGGGAAGUACACACCAGCUGUCAUCGUUUGUCAGAAGAAAUCGGCUGGCUCGGAAAACAGUGCGGAUGGCGCCUCCUAUGAAGUCAUGCAGAUCGACGUAGAAGUCCAAGAGCCCAGUGACCCGCCAGCUACACAGCUUGUUACCUGGCAGGUUGAAUAUCCAGGAGACAUCACAUCUGACUUGGGCGUCUCCAAGAUCUACGUGAGCCAGAAGGACUUGAUUGGCGUCAUCCCACUGGCCAUGGAGGCGGAGAUUCUGAACACAGCAAUCCUCACUGGGAAGACGGUGGCCGUGCCGGUGAAGGUGGUCUCCGUGGAGGAGGACGGCGCCGUGACAGAGCUCAAGUCUGUGGAGUGCCGGUCUUCCGACGAAGACGUCAUUAAGGUUUCUGACAGAUGUGACUACGUCUUCGUCAAUGGGAAGGAAAUGAAGGGCAAGGUGAAUGUGGUGGUGAACUUCACCUACCAGCACCUGACCAGCCCUCUGGAGAUGGUGGUGUGGGUGCCCCGUCUGCCCCUGCAGAUCGAGGUCUCGGACACCGAGCUCAACCAGAUCAAGGGCUGGAGAGUCCCCAUCGUCUCCAACAAGAGGCCAGCUCGGGACAGCGAGGAAGAGGACGAAGACGAGAAGAAAGGCCGGGGCUGCGCUCUCCAGUACCAGCACGCCAUGGUGCGGGUCUUGACUCAGUUUGUGGCCGAGGCGGCUGAGCCCGGGGGGCAGCUGGCCCACCUGCUGGGCUCAGAUUGGCAGGUGGACAUCACGGAGCUGGUAAAGGACUUCAUGCAGGUGGAGGAGCCCCGGAUUGCCAAGCUGCAAGGGGGACAAGUCCUGAGUGGCCAGGAGCUCGGGAUGACCACCAUUCAGAUCCUGUCGCCUCUGUCAGAUGCCAUCUUGGCCGAGAAGACCAUCACUGUGCUGGACGAGAAGGUGACGAUCACAGACCUCGGGGUGCAGCUGGUGGCAGGGCUGUCUCUCUCCCUGCAGCUCAGCCCUGGGAGCAACAGAGCCAUCUUCGCCACCGCGGUGGCUCAGGAACUUCUGCAAAGGCCCAGACAGGAAGCGGCCGUCAGUUGCUGGGUCCAAUUCAGUGAUGGCUCUGUCACCCCCUUGGAUAUUUACGAUGCGAAAGACUUCUCCCUGAUGGCCACAUCACUGGAUGAGAAGGUGGUCUCUAUCCACCAAGACCCCAAAUUCAAGUGGCCUAUAAUCACCGCUGAAGCCGAAGGACAGGGUGCCCUGGUGAAGGUCGAAAUGGUUAUUUGUGAAUCAUGCCAGAAAUCCAAGCGGAAGAGUGUGUUGGCUGUGGGGACAGCCAACAUCAAAGUUAAGUUUGGCCAAAACGAUGCCAAUCCCAACACCAGUGACAGCAGACACAUGGGGGCAGGAGGUCACCUGGAUAAUAAUGUCAGUGACAGAAGACCCAAAAAACCCUCGCAGGAAUGGCGGAGUCAAGAGGGACGGUACUACGGCAGUUCUUCCGUGGGCCUCAUGGAAGGAAGGGGCUCUACAACGGAAAGGUCCACCUUCCAGAAGAACCACGGCCAGGAAAGCCUUUUGGAUGAUGACAGCCAUUUGCAGACCAUCUCCAUUGACCUCACCAGCUUCCCAGCCCAGGUGGACCUGCCCAGAAGCUAUGGGGAAAUGGAUGAGAAUGACCUCACACAGGCCUCCAAAGGGCUGAGCGACUUGGAAAUUGGGAUGUAUGCCCUGUUGGGUGUCUUCUGCCUGGCCAUUUUGGUCUUCCUAAUAAACUGUGUGACCUUUGCAUUGAAGUACAGGCACAAACAGGUUCCCUUCGAAGAACAAGAAGGUAUGAGUCAGUACCAUGACUGGGUCGGGUUGAGCCACCGGGCCGAACUGUUGGAGAAUCACAUCAACUUGGCUUCCUCCCAAGAUGAGCAGAUCACUGCCAUUGACAGGGGCAUGGAUGUCGAGGAGAGUAAGUACCUCCUCAGCACCAGCUCCCAAAACAGCAUCAACGGACAGCUGUUCAAACCUUCAGGACCCACACUCAUGGAUGGGACAGAUCAGAAAAGUGAGCCCCCAACGUCCCCCACCUCAAAAAGGAAAAGAGUGAAGUUCACCACUUUCACCACCGUCUCUACGGAUGACAGAUGCCCCACCGUGAACUCCAUAGCGACCAGCAGUGAGGGUGCCAUGAACUGGGUCUGCCAGGAUCUGGACCCUGGGGGAUGCCAGGAGUCACGCGGCUACAUGGAAGGAUUACGGGAAGAUGUGUAAGCCGGGCCUUCACAGACAUUGGUUCUCACUCACCUUUCGGCCUUCAACUUGGGGAUGUGGGGCAACGGUGUGCCCGGUGGGGAAAUAAAAAGACAGGACAAGAUCAGGGUGACGCUAUCCACAGAGCCACAGAAAAUGACCCUGGAUCCCCUGGGGCGGCCCCGACUUGGAAUUGAGGUCCACAUUCCAGGGUCCAAUGUUUCUGUCAAUGUUAAGGGGUUUAUCCUCCAUGGCAAGAUUUUUAAAUUGGAGGAAAGACGAGUUCUGAAUCACUGAACUUCAGAGAGCCUCCAGGAAAGAACAAUCCCUCUCUUGCCAUCUCACUUUCUUUGAUCAAAGCAAUUUGGAUAUUGUCAAAGCCACACAGCUAACAUAUUCAAUGCUGUGGACCACAGGAGAAAAAUGAGACUCAGGUUGGGGGCUUAAGGGGAUGGGUGGGAGGAAGCGUGUCCCUGGACCUCGGGCAGCACAUCUGGCUGUGAGUAUAAGCAGAGGUGGAGUCUAGCGCCAUCUAGAGGCAGCUCUUGGGAAGCAAGAGUUUCGAGUUUCGAGUUGUUAUCUCCCAAAGCCUGGGGCAAAGCAAGGCAAUCGCUGACAAGGAUUGAAAGGGAACAAGAGGGCGAAUAGACCACCAAUACCUUUGUAACUAGAUGCCAAGAACAACCACCCAAACAAAC